GGGUUUGGACGUGGACGGUUCAAGAAGCAGGCGACAACCUCGGCUCAGUGUCUCUCUGCACUGCAAAACCCCUAUAACCCUUCCCUUCCUCGCACUUCAUUCUUUUAUUUCAUUUAUUUAUACUCUUCAUGAAAAAUUAAGGGAAUUUUCAGAGAGAGAGAGAGGGAGAGAGUAGUUAUGGAAGGAGAAGAAGGAGGAAUUGCAACAAAGAAGAGAGGGAAAGAGGGUGAAACUGAGACGACGCGCUACAAAGGAAUCAGAAUGAGAAAGUGGGGCAAGUGGGUCGCUGAGAUUCGAGAACCCAACAAGCGUUCAAGGAUUUGGCUCGGUUCUUACUCCACGCCCGUCGCGGCGGCGCGUGCUUACGACACCGCCGUUUUCCACCUCCGGGGCCCCUCUGCGCGCCUCAACUUCCCCGAGCUUGUUGCCGCGGAGGGCCCCGCCGCCGACAUGUCCGCAGCCUCCAUCAGGAAGAAGGCCACCGAGGUCGGCGCCAGAGUCGACGCUCUCCACCGCCAGCACCCCCACGCGCUGCCUGCUGGAGAAUUCGCCGACCGGGUUGACCUUAAUAAGAUGCCCGAACCCGAGAAUUCGGAUUGUGACUACUGGGACAGGGAUUAGGAGUGUUGUUUAGUUGUUAAUUUGGAGUUUUUCAAAAACAAAUAUAAAAUUAUAACCUUGUUUUAAUUAAUUUUUUUUUAUUGGGGAAAAGGGGUUAGAGGGCACAGCAAUGGCCUAUGAUGCCAGGGAGUUGGGUUGAAAAAGAGGGAGUGAGCCAUGUUAACCACUCAAGUAAUUAUAAUAUUAUAAUAGCUACUAUUCUACUGAAGAGUAAAAAAAGAUGGAUGUUAGGUGUUUU